GUUAAGUCGCGCACUUUCUGGACGUUGUUGUCUGGGAGUUUCGUGGUAAACUGGCAGAUAUAUAAAACCGACGACCAAAGCUUUGUGGUUGUCAGUAAACUUCGAGAAUAGGCAACGACAGAUCACAAAAGAAACUUCAGACGGUAUUUACAUAUUUGGUGGUCAUAUAACGAGUUUUCCAGGAGAGAUUGCGCAAACUUUGGUUAAAGUUUAGAGGAACUUUCAACUUUGUUCUUUGGCUGUGGUCGCUAUGGCAGAGGGAGACUUCUACACUAUGGGCAGCAGACAGAGGAUUCCCAGAGAUCCGUUUCGAGAGCAGUCGAUUGCUUCACGCUUUAUGGACGAUGACUUUGGAAUGAUGCCUUUUCCCGAAGAUCUGUCUAUGGACUGGCCCGACUGGGCCCGACCUAGACUUAGCACCCGAAUGGGCGCGCCGUGGACCGGCUCUCUGCGCCCGGGAUUCCCUCGCACAUCCAUGGGUGCUUCUCCAGCCUAUAGCUCUAGGUACACUGAGCCGCGCAGCUUGACUCCAACGAACCCAAGGGAGCCGUGGAAAGUUUGUGUGAACGUACACAGCUAUAAACCAGAGGAGCUAAACGUCAAAACCAAAGACGGUUUUGUAGAAGUAUCAGGGAAACAUGAAGAAAAACAAGAUGAGGGAGGCAUCGUUACAAAAAAUUUCACAAAGAAGAUCCAGAUCCCAGUUGAUGUCGACCCCCUCAGCGUCUUUGCCUCCCUUUCCCCCGAGGGCGUUCUCAUAAUUGAGGCUCGAGAGACACCCCCUUAUUACCUCUACAGCACCGAAGCCCCAACAGAGGAGAUGCAGUCCGCUGAUGCCAGAUCCCAGGAGGGCAGCAUGGCUUAAAAUGCCAGAAAACAACCUUUCCCGUCUUCUUCAGCAGUAUUUUACUGAGCGUCCAGUAAGGUGAAGAUAUGUUUUCCUUAAGAUCUAAGGCUGUGGGCCUGCAGUGUAGGCCUUGGUAGAUUCAAAAGACUCCAAACACCCCUGGAAGAACCUUACAUGACUCUUUCGCCUCUAGCUCGUUCAUGAGGUUUUGAUUUUGAAAUUGGUUUUUUUUUUUUUUUUUGGUAAUUAGGUUUGUUUGGUUUUUUGUACCUUGUUAAAUAAUAUUUGUGUGAUUGUAAUGAAUGAAAGAUGACUCUUAGCUAUUAACAAUUAGUUUUUAUUUGUUCUCUGUUAUCUAUUAUUAGGGUUUCUCAAAAUCCAUUCCUGGAGGUCCAGGGUCCUUUUUGGUUUCAACCAAGUCUGUAUCAACCAAGCACUGCAUUAUGUGUGCGGUGAAAGGGUGCAAAUAUGUGUUGUCUCCAGGUUUCAAAGAAGCCUCUAAAUAGGAGGUGAGGAGAAAAAAGGCAGGACUCUAAACCAGUUUGGACUGGAUUUGACAAACCAUGCUCUAAAGUACAUAGUACAUACCUAAUCAUCCCAUGAUAGCCACUUUGUUUGUGUUAUCUAAUGCUAUGGAGUACAGAUUUGUAUCGCGACAGUGGCUAAAUUAGCAUCUUCUGGCACUGACGUUAUGUCUAUUCCCCAAAGAUAGCCAGUGCUCGCCGCUGUUUCCCUUGCAUCAUAGGAACAUAUCUGGUCAUUAAACCAUAUUUGGGGUGUAUGACAGAAUGACUGUUUCUUCCCUCCGAGGCACAAGUGGAAAAGCAAAUACCAAGCGUGCUUUUGAAGCGAGCAGCCUGUCUGGUUCUACCCAACGGACACUGCAGUGUGUUCAGCCUUCCACAGAGGUCACGGUUCAGAGACCUUUUCAUGAAUGCUACCGAGAGGUUUUCGAAGGGUCGCUUUUUCAGGGUCGAUUAAUUCUGUUCUGCAAGUCUUCAUGUUUAUCAUACCUUGUGAAAGAAAAAUGAAAUUCUGUCUUGGUGAGAGUACGGUGUGUUUAUAAUAAAUUUGAAUGUGCCAUUA